GUCUGAUUUGUUCUGGCAUUGCUCUCUCAGGGUGUAAGCCGGCGUCUGGGUAUCCAGGAGCUUAAACAGUGGCUUGAAAUUCAUUUUCCUAUCAGAGAUAGGUUUGAUAUUUUUGAUGUUCUUUGGUUUCUUGGCUUUUCUUGUUUGCUUUUGCCUCCCAGUGACUAAGGAGUUUUCCUUCAAGACCCUAUUCUUGUUUUCACCAGCUCCUCCUACAGUCGCCUUUUGCUGGGCACUGGUAGGUGGCAUGGUCGCCAAAUUCCCAUGUCCCGAAGUGCUCUGAGGAAGGGGAGGCCCCAGUGUUUCCACCAGAGUAGUGACAAGAGAGUUACUCGGAACGGCCUGCGGUCUCAGGCAAUUGGCCCACCGGUCCGGCCCCGCCUGGACUAGGGUCGAGUUUCCCGUGGUAGCCAACCAGAUGCCUCCAGAAAGGCUACAGUCCGAGCCGUGUUGCUUACCCCCUCCCACCCCGGAGCGCCUUGUGUUCUGAGAUGGGUCCUCUGCUGGUUCUGCUGGCCGUGGCCGCCGGGGCAGGAGCGGCUCCUGCGGAACACGAGAUCACUUUCCUGCCCGGACUGUCCAAGCAGCCCGCUUUCAAGCAGUACUCGGGCUACCUGCACGUGGAGAAUGACAAGCAUCUGCACUACUGGUUCCUCGAGGCCCAGGGCAACGCUGCGGACAAGCCCCUGGUGCUCUGGCUAAACGGGGGCCCUGGCUGUAGCUCCGUGACCGGCCUCCUGACUGAGCAUGGCCCGUUCAGGAUUCAGCCUGAUGGGGUCACCUUGGAAUAUAAUGACUAUGCCUGGAACAAGCUUGCCCACAUGCUGUACCUGGAGUCCCCCGUUGGGGUCGGCUACUCCUAUUCAGAGAGCAAAGACUACCGGACUAAUGACACAGAGGUGGCUCGUGUGAACUAUUUGGCCUUGAAGGAGUUCUUCCGCCUCUACCCAGAGUACAGCAGCAAAGAUUUCUACAUCACUGGGGAGAGCUAUGGUGGGGUCUACAUCCCCACGCUGGCACAGUGGGUCAUGCAGGACCCUAGCCUCAUGCUGAAGGGGAUUGCAGUGGGCAACGGGCUGUCCUCUUAUGAGACCAACGACAACUCCCUGGUUUACUUUGCCUACUACCAUGGCCUCCUGGGGAGCAGGCUCUGGACAGACUUGCAGGCCUAUUGCUGCUCUGAUGGGAAAUGUAACUUCCACGACAACAUAGAUUUAAACUGCACUCUUGCUAUGGCGGAGGUGAUCCGUAUUGUGGACGAGUCAGGCCUCAACAUCUACAACCUGUAUGCCCCGUGUGCCGGCGGAGUCCCUGGAAGCUACAGUUACCAUGAUGGGAUGUUGGUCACCCACGACCUGGGCAACCGCUUCAUCAGGCAGCCACUUCGCUCCUCUUGGAAGCAGAACCUGCUCAGGUUGCAAGUUGCAAAGAACAAGGUGCGGCUGAACCCCCCCUGCAUCAACACCACGGCCCCCUCCAACUACAUGAACAACCCCCAGGUGCGCAAGGCCCUGCAUGUUGUAGCUGAUGCCCCAGAAUGGGAGAUGUGCAGCUUUGCAGUCAGCCGUGGUUACAAGCGCCUGUACAUGAAGAUGAAUGACCAGUACCUGAAGCUGCUUAGCACCAUGAAAUACCGCAUAAUGCUCUACAAUGGUGAUGUGGACAUGGCCUGCAACUUCCUGGGUGAUGAGUGGUUUGUGGAAUCCUUAAGCCAGAAGGUGGAGGUGGCGCGGCGGCCCUGGAUCUACACGGAUGAGAAUGGGCAGGACCAGAUUGGGGGCUUUGUGAAGGAGUACACCAAUAUCUCCUUCCUCACUGUGAAGGGUGCAGGUCACAUGGUGCCCUCAGACCAGCCACGAGCCGCCUUCAACAUGUUUGAGCGCUUCAUCACACAGCAGCCCUUCUAGGACUGGGCUUAUCGUGCCUCCUCCUGCCUCUGGAAGAGAGCUGCCUUCUCUGCACAGUGGGCCCUCACUCCCCCCUGCAGAGCAGGCCCUCCUCACUCCUGUUGUGCAAUGAUGGCGGCCAGGGGCUCCUGUGGGUCCGCACACCCUGUUCCUACUCUGGGUGGAGGCGCACUGACUCUCUCAACCUGCCACCCUGUGCUGCUCGUGGGCUUCCGCACUGCUCUGCUGAUCGGGGUGUCUGCAAGAAGCCACUGUUCCUCAGGCAGCCCUUGCCUUCCCCUCCCCAUCACUCUGCACGUUUCGCACUGUCUUCACGAAGGCGGCAGAGAAGACCUGCCUCUCUCACCCACCCUCAAGGGACCACUUCUCAGCCUUAGUUCUUGGUCAAUCUCAAUGAAGGAACCUGAAUCACUGGUGAAAUAGGAAAGCUGUACCUUCAAGUCUCUGGUCCUGUGGCCCAGGGCACACAAUUAAAGCUAUUUUUCCAAAGGAA